UGGGAAGGAAGGGGGUACAGUCCCCUUGCUGGAUCCUAUAUAAGGAGGAAGGAUGGGACUGGAGUGCUCCGGACUUGACUGUCCCUGCAGUAGACUUAGGGACAGAACACCAAGAUGCUUAGGAAAGGCCACUGCAAGCCUGGGUCCUGGGGAAGCUUCUGGGCUACACUGGCCUUGGUGGGACUGGCCACUCGUGCAGCUCAGAGAGCCGAUGUCAGUGGGGAGGCAGCAGGCACCUCCAUCAACCACUCCCAGAUGCUGCUCCAGAGACUGCAGGACCUGCUGAAGCAGGGCAACGCCAGUGACGUCGUCCUGCGAGUGCAGGCUGUGGGCACCGAUGAGGUCCGAGCCUUCCACACCCACCGCUUGUUGCUGGGGAUGCACAGUGAGCUUUUCCGUGAGCUGCUGAGUAACCAGAGCGAGGUGCUGCUGCAGGAACCCCGGGACUGCGCUGCUGUCUUUGACAAGUUCAUCAGGUACUUGUACUGCGGUGAGCUGACCAUCUUGCUGGCUCAGGCUAUCCCACUGCACAGACUGGCCACCAAGUACCGUGUGGCAUCCCUGCAGCGAGGUGUGGCUGACUACAUGCGUGUGCAUCUGGCUGGAGGCGCGGGUCCAGCUGUGGGCUGGUACCACUAUGCAGUGAGCACCGGGGAUGAAGCUCUGCGUGAGAGCUGCCUGCAGUUCCUGGCUUGGAACCUUUCGGCCGUGGCGGGGAGCGCCGAGUGGGGCGCCGUGAGCCCCGAGUUGCUGGCGCAGCUCCUGCAGCGCUCGGACCUGGUGCUGCAGGAUGAGCUGGAGCUGUUCCACGCGUUGGAGGCGUGGCUGGGUCGCGCGCGGCCGCCCCCCACAGUGGCCGAGCGAGCGCUGCGAGCCAUCCGCUACCCAAUGAUCCCGCCCGCACAGCUGUUCCAGCUGCAGGCGCGCUCGGCUGCGCUGGCGCGCCACGGCCCAGCAGUGGCAGACCUCCUGCUGCAAGCUUACCAAUUCCACGCCGCCUCGCCGCUGCACUACGCCAAGUUCUUCCACGUGAACGGCAGCGCCUUCCUGCCGCGCAACUACCUCGCGCCUGCCUGGGGCGCCCCGUGGGUCAUCAACAACCCGGCUCGCGACGAUCGCAGCACCAGCUUCCAGACGCAACUAGGUCCGAGCGGCCAUGACGCGGGUCGCCGGAUUACCUGGAACGUGCUCUUCUCCCCGCGUUGGCUGCCCGUCAGCCUGCGGCCCGUCUACGCGGACGCAGCGGGCACUGCGUUGCCCGCUGCACGCCCCGAGGACGGAAGACCACGGCUGGUGGUCACGCCGGCCAGCAGCAGUGGAGAUGCGGCAGGCGUGAGCUUCCAGAAGACCGUGCUGGUGGGUGCGCGCCAUCAGGGCCGCCUCCUGGUCCGCCACGCUUACAGCUUCCAUCAGAGCAGCGAGGAGGCUGGCGACUUCCUGGUCCACGCAGAUCUGCAGAGGCGCAACUCGGAGUACCUGGUGGAGAAUGCACUGCAUCUCCAUCUCAUUGUCAAGCCCGUUUACCACACCCUCAUCAGGACUCCCAGUUAGCCCGUGUUUGAGAAAUAAAGGCCUGGCCUGAAUGGUGCUCCAGGGUCUGGGGAGGGAUAGGCAAAUGUGGAAGCGACUGCCAGCCUGGGCCUUGGGUCCGGCUGGUUGGGGCCGGGGGAUGGAAGGCAGGCGAAUGUGGUAGACAGGGUGUCUGUUGUUUCAGAAAUGUCUUUUCCAGUUGAUUGGAAGGCAGCGUUCUUGCUCCAUAAUAAAACCAUGCUUAGAGAGGCCAGGGCCUGAAGCGACUCGGCGGGUGGUCUCAAAAGUCUGGGGUUCACAAUGCCCUCCCCUGAGCUUUUCCCUGAGGAUUCCCAUCCAGACAUGGAUUAGGGCAGGGAAGACGAACUAAUGCUCAGUGAUUAACAGUCAGUGACUGACAGCUCAGGGAUUGACAGCCAACGUGAGCAAUCUCCCUUUUGAAUAUUCACAUCUGGAGGUGAAGGUGUUCUCUCAGCUGCCACCUCCAGUGGGCAACGGUCCCUUUAGCUUGAGAGACUUUCUGUCACCGCCUACAUCAAGUGGCUCUUGGGGAGGGGUUCAGGUCAGUGGAAAGGCCCUUGAGAGACAGCCACAAAUGAGACCUUGCUCUAACCCCAUCCUUCUGGGGAGGGACAGUCUUAUCAUCUUGAGGAAAACAUGCAUUCCGCAGAUGUUUGGUAGGUUUGUGCCAAAGGAGAUGGUGUGCUGGGGAGUGAACAGGCCAGGAACUGUAGGAAUCUUAGAACCAGGCACGGCCACGGCACAUACUGAAAACUCGUAAGAAACCAUCAAAAACCCCCGUAGGACUUUAU